ACGUUGUCUUUCCUUCCUUUCUCCUUUGUUCAUUUCUCGCUUUGAUUGUUAAAAUUCACACUUGUAAAUUUCACUGUUGUUGCUCUUAGUGUUAUUUCUCUAACUUAGAUUUUCUAUAAUAGUUCAAUUUUUGUUUCAGUGUCCUUUAGUACAACGAUGAUUCCUGAUGAGUGUUGUACGAAAACUUGUUCGAAUCCAUAUUUUUUCCCUACACCAUUUCUUCAUAUUUCCAGAGUCCUUGUUCUGGACUUUCAUUCCUGAAGUAUACAAGUAUGGUCCUUGCUCCAAAAUUUGGAUAGAACGUGUCUAGGUUAGUGCUCUAAGUCUCGUUGCUUUUUUAGUCAGAUAUUAACCAGAGUCUUUGUUGUGGACUUUCAUUCCUGAAGAUGGGCCUUGCCCCAAAAUUUGGAUAGAACGUUUCACUAAAAAGGAAGAAGCCGAGAGACCGUUUUGGGUAACGGUGUAUAUGAGACAUAUCGGGUAAAGACCAGAAACUGCGAAGACAAGCGAUCUGCAUCUCAGUGUGAGCAGACCAGGCAGGGAAGAACGAGGAUGGCUACAGAAAGCGUGCCGACACCGGAGUCGGAAUUGAGACCUCGUAUUCCAUCACUACAGAAGAUGUGCACAUCUGUAGCGGCUCAGGCCCUCGUUCGACCUGGCAGGGAGACAUUCGCGCUGGAGCGCAGAGCGCACCUAGUAGUCAUGUACCAGAUACGGACAUUUGAAAAGCUGAGGCGCUUUACGGCGUUCGAUCUACUGGAAUACGUUGCACAUCGAUGUCCGGAGCUGCUUACCGAUGAGCUGGCUGGCCUCGUUCUGGGCCAUUCGUAUAAGUUCUGUGAUGUAAACCUUUCCCACUGCACCAGCAUAACGCAGGAGUGUUUGGUCGACUGGAGCAAGGCGUUCUUCUGCAAAAGUAGUGAAUGUGCAAGUAGCGAGAGCUCAGCUGCAGCUAAGGCUGCAGAUUCUCAGACACAGAGGAUUUACAGCAAGGUAUCAACCCUGGACAUCAGUAACACAGACUUGUUCAAAGUAGACAACAAUCUCCCGGCCAGCACGGAAUGGUGGCAGCGUGUCCUCCUUCCUUUGGUAACGUCCCUCAUUCAAGUGAACGUGAGCAACACAGCAAUCAGCGACAGAGGUGUUGAGGUUCUGCUAACAACGUGCACACAACUGCAGAAGCUGGAUAUAUCGCACUGUCAACGGUUGACCAACAGCAUGUUGGAUUUUGUCAGCGUCGAUCCUCCAGUGUCUGUGUCAGAGGCCGGUGAUCGAGAACACCAUCAGCUUGAUCCCAGCGCUAUGCCUGCUGUUGUCAUUGCACGGAACCUGAGGCAUGUAUUGGCCUGCAACACGAAUCUGGGCUUCGAAGCUAUACGCAACCUAGCGCUGAUGUGCCAAAAUCUCUUGGAGACCGUGGACAUUAGUCUGUGUGACAGUCUCACCACUACUGCUCUGCUGUGCCUGAGUGGUUACGCAGUGGACAAACUAAC